AUGGAAUCUUCAUUAAAAACCUCAAGCAGAAGCAAGAAAGCCUUGAAUAAAGCACUUUCAAAAAAUUAUGCCACUAAAAUCAUUGAUCUGCUCUCAACUCAAACUUAGCUCUGUCUCUUUGGUUCAAUUGGUAAGAGCGACUCUCCCACCAGUCGAAUGAGGAUUCUAAGAAGCCUGAGAAUACGAACUCAAGAGGAUUAAUAAAAUAGAGUAAGUAAAAGCUUCGAUCUAAAAAUUGUUCGUCACACAAGAUAAUAGCAGAGACGCAAGAGUGGUAUUGAGCCAUUGUCUGAGAAACAAAUGCAUCUUGAUUGUUUGUAUCCGAAGACUCAGGUGUCGUAAUAGCAAAUACUAUUAAAUGAGAUUUAGAAGACGAAGGAGCGAAAGAAAACCAUUUUCAAACGCAUGUCGAGUAUCUUAAUCAAACAUCAGACAACGCUUCGUACCAUUGGCAAUCAGAACAGCACUAAUAACCAAAGGAACAGUGAGUUGCAAUUAUUCAUGCUUCAAGAAUCCCAAUAGCCAAUUGAUGAACCUGUCCUUUUGCAAUCUCAGGAAGUGAAAAAGACGAAGCUUCGACAAUUGGUAAUAGACUCAGAACUCCCGAAGGUAGUCUUAAAUAUAUCUCGAAAAUGCAAGAAACCCUUUGCUUCGAUUCAGAGUUAUGUGAAUCAAAAAACAGAGAAGCACCAAUCUUAAAAAGAUUUGGGAAGCAGCAACCCCUUUCUAAGUUAUACAUCUUGUCAAAGUCUUACAGAGAUGAACACUUAAUUUCAUUCUAAUUCUCCUUAGACUUAGAGAAAAUUAGUAUCUUUGAAAGCAGCUUGUCCUCUUCCAGAAAUCAAGUUGAUCUCUUCUGCUCGCAAUUAUACCAAUACAAAUGAUAUCAAUUUUCUAAAGCAAAAGUGUAAGAAUAGUAUUUAUUGUGCAGAUUCACAUAGAAAGAGGAGGAUUGAGACUAAAGUAUGA